GAAGCCAAUAAGAGAACGUACUCGGUUUUGUUUACGAGUAGAUAAACUGAUUAUCAGCUGUGCUGUAUGAUUGAUAUGAUAGAAGUUUUUUAAUGGAAGGUGCCCACAUUCCUUCGCACUUCGUCAUCUUCAGUCGUGUGUUCCGCAGAACGACGGGGCAAUGCGGGAAUCUUUGCUUUGCGUCCCUUCGCCAUCUGCUCCUGUCACUCCUGUCAUUGCGUUAGCCUGGCUUUAGCCCCGCGGGUGCGAUGCUCUCGUGUCGGAAGGUCAAUUUAAUCGGCAGACCUCAUUAUUCCUCAUGCACCGCUGGGGCAGGCGUCGCUGCCUGAAGAACAAUUAUGCCUCACGUCACUAGAAAGUGGGAAUUGUUUCCUGGGAAGAAUAAAUUCUGCUGCGACGGAAGAAUCAUGACUGCCCCCCACACAGGUGUAUUCUAUGUGACACUGGGUCUAAUCGUGGGGACGAGCAUGCUAUUCUUUACUUUUGAUUGCCCAUUUUUAGCAGCACGCAUUACCCCAGCAAUUCCUGUUGUGGGUGCUUUAAUGUUCUUAUUUGUCAUGUCUACAUUACUGAGAACAAGCUUCAGUGACCCGGGAGUUAUUCCCAGAGCAACACCGGAUGAAGCUGCUUAUAUAGAAAAACAAAUUGUUCCAAACAAUGCCAACUCACCUACUCAAAGACCACCUCCUAGAACACAGGAGAUACGUGUACGUGGUCAUCCAGUGAAGCUAAAAUAUUGUUUUACAUGUAAAAUAUUCCGUCCACCAAGGGCAUCACAUUGCAGUCUCUGUGAUAAUUGUGUUGAAAGAUUUGAUCACCACUGUCCUUGGGUUGGAAAUUGUGUUGGAAAAAGAAAUUAUAGACAUUUUUACUUAUUUAUUGUAUCCCUUGCAUUUCUGUGUGUGUUUAUUUUUGCGUGUGCAGUCACUCACAUAAUUUUGUUAACUCGGGAUGAUCGACAGUUUUUGGAAGCUGUGAAGGACUCUCCAGCAAGUGUAAUAUCUGGAGUAAUAUGUUUCUUUAGUGUUUGGACAAUUCUUGGUCUCUCAGGCUUUCACACUUAUUUGACUGCAUCCAACCAAACAACAAAUGAAGAUAUCAAGGGACUGUUUACAAGUAGGCCAGGAAUGGAGGGGUUAAACCCUUACAGUGAGGGCAAUGUUUGCUCUAAUUGUUUUUUUGUGCUCUGUGCUCCCCUCUCUCCCAGUCUUAUUGAUCGUAGAGGAAUUGUCACUCCAGAGUAUGCUGCUGAAAGAGCAGCAGAGCGAGCUCGUGAACAGGAAUCAAGGGACACUGUGAUUGCCAAUAACAAAUCAUACGGAACAGUAAUCACCCAGCAGCCUUCCAUUAAUGGAACUGUGCUUCCGAGUGAGGGACAAGCUGCUCAUGUAACAAAUAUCAUCCAACAUACUCAGAUGCAACAGUUUCAGCAGCAACAGAUGCAACAGCAGUUACAACUUCAGCAUAACUUGCAACAGCAACAUCAUCAGCAGCAGCAACAACAACAACAGCAAACUCCUCCGCCACCUCCACCACCACAACAAUUAGCAAUUUCCCAAUCACUGGGAAACCACUUACAGAACUCAAGUGCUGGAAGUCUGCACUUCUCCCACACUUCUCCUGGACUACCAGCUAUUAACGGUAUGGAGCUUAUGCUACUUGACCGCCAAGAGUUAAACAACUCAUCUAGUAACCUAAUGGUUGACAAUGAAAGGAUCACCAUCAUCGGACCGUGUACAAUGGACGAUUUAGACAUUGACCUGGAAGUACCAGUGGUAGGUGAACUUGGUGGAAAUUCGUGUGCCUCAACAAACUUGGAAUCAAUACAUCGAAAUGAUUCAAGUGCCCCUUUAUCAGCAAGUCGAUUGCAACUACUACAAGACACUACCAUGAUAGAAUCUGCUCUUGAUUUAGACUCUCUUGAAGAUUCCUCUGUGGGAGGAGGUAGCACAGCAGGCCUUAUAAAGAUGAAUGGACUGUGAUAACUUUCAGAAAUGCCAAAUGUGUCUUUUGAAAUAGUAAAUGUGUUAAAUUGUAAAAUUUUAAAAAUCCUAGAAGUGUUAUUAAUUUGUUUUGUCUCUAUUUUGGAUUGGAGGGGGGGGGGGGGGGACUUAUUUUUGUGUGUGUGCUGAUGAAUGAAACAAGCUUCAGCAUAAACUUGACCAGAUAGACAAAGACGUAAAUUAGUUACUACUGUUCCCAGUGUAUGGUGCAGUGUAAUAAUCUAGUUUAUGUGUUGUAUGCUCAAACCAAUAAUACCCUUGAGCCUGUUACUUAUCAAGGUAAACCAGUCCAUUAACUGAAGUCAUUCCCAUUUAGACUCUUUUCCUUUGCUGUGGGUACAUAUUUCUAUUCAAUAUGUAAAUUAUUCUUGAAAGUUGGAAUGUUAUGGAUUCUUCCAAUUAACUUACUUACAACCUGUUUAGUACCUUAUUUUUAAACAAGUUCUGUUAAGUUUUUACAGUUUACAAUUGAUUUUAAUGUACAAGUUGUAUGGAAAUCUGGCAUUUCAUUUGAAAGUAUUGUUUAUAAAUUCAUACUUGAUUGCUUCCUAACUAUAAUGUAGGUAUUACAAAAAUUAUUAAAAGACAACUCGUGUGUCAUUGCUUAACUAAUUUCCAAAGUAAAGAUUUCAGUUCUAUUUAUUUAUUCAACAGAACUCUUUUUUUUUCCAAGGGGGAGGUUGCAUUUGUAGAUACAAGAGUUGAUGGAGAUGGUUCCAAAAGUUAAUAAAAAGAAAUAAAAUUUCAUGUAAUUGUUGUCGUGAUUCUUCUGUGUGUAAUGUUAAGUCUUUUUGUGUUCAUUGUUAAUGUUAGCUUGGUUCCUGUGAUGACAGUGCUCAAACUAUCUAAUUUAUGUAAGUCAGUUUUGAAUUGGAAACGUUUUUGUACUUUGUCUUACAGUCUGUAAUUAUAUUUUAAGUUCUUUCAAUAGAUUGUAUUUCCAGCUUAACUUAAUCAGUCAGCAUCUCUUAUGUCUAUUACUUAUGCAUGCUGUAGGUUGCCUGAUUAGUUAAAUACUUUCAGUGCGGUGCGACGACUAUAUGGUCGCAUUGCUGAUUUUUCAAAUUCCCAGGAUGCACUGAGCGUUUAAAUUCAUUUGCCUAUAAAACAUAGUUCUGUUUGUGCUAUUGAGGAUAAUGCCUUGUCUUUUGCUUGGCGCCUGCAUUACAUUUGACUGCUGCCAUAGUAAAGGAGGCAGUGUUAGAUCUAAGUUCUGAUGUAUGUGUCAUUUACCAAGGCCUGUUAACCCCAUCUGAUUCUUCAGCAGUCAUGUCUCAGUACAGUGAUUGGGUUAUUGUAAAUAUAUCUGCAAUAAUUAUUGUGCCA